AUGAGCGAGUCCGCCCAACCAACCGCCACAUCGGGACUCGGCGCCUCGCAGCGCUGGAUCCUCUACACGCUGCUGAUCGCUGCGGCCUUUGGCCAAGCGGCCGGUAAGAUUCUUGCGGUCAACUCGACCGACCUGGCGCGACUCGAGAAGUACCGCAUCGACGCAGCUCUCAGUGGCGAGCGGACGAAGCUUGAGAAGCAGGGUCUCACCGCUCCGGAGAUCGAAGCGGGUCUCGCCGAGCGCCGCGAGGAACUCGAAGGCAAGUUACGGCUCCAGCGUCCGUUCCUCAGCGCCAACGACCGCAGCCGCUGGAUGGCGAUCCGCGCCAUCGCCGAGAACGGCAACCACGAGAUCGACCCGUUCCUUGAGGAGCCGACCUGGGACACCAUCGACAUGGUGCAGCACGUCGGCCGCGAUGGCGAGCCGCACCAGUACUCGAGCAAGCCGCCGCUACUGAUGGUGAUGAUCGCGGGGCCGUACUGGGUGCUGAUGCAGCUCACCGGCACGACGCUCGGCGAGUCGCCCUACGAGCUCGGCCGCACGCUGUUGCUGUUGCUCAAUGGCGGAUCGCUGGUGGUGAUGCUCGCCGCAAUUGGCCGGAUUAUCGAACGCACAGGCACGGGGGACAUCGACCGCCUGUUCGCGAUGGCGACCGCUUGCUUCGGCGCCCAAUUGCUGGCGUUUACGCCAGUGCUCAACAACCACCUCUUUGGCGCCGCCGCGGCUGCGGUGACGUGUGAUCUCUGGCAGAUGCUGCUGCGCUCGGACAAGCCACGGCUCGGCUUGUCGCUGGCAACCGGAUUGGUAGCCGCCUUUAUGGUGACCUGCGAGUUGCCCGCGCUCGCGCUGGCGACGCUCGUCGCCAUGUCGCUGCUCUACUCCCGCACGGGCGAGACUCUGAAGGGUUUCGCCGUCGGCGCGGCGAUUGUCACGGCGGCGUUCUUCGCCACCAACUACUGGGCCCACAACAGCCUGCGGCCGCCCUACGCUCACCGCAGCCAGACCGACCCCGCCGACAACUGGUACGACUACGAGUACACCGUGAACGGCAAGACGCGCGAGAGCUACUGGCGCAACCGCCAGGGGAUCGACCGCGGCGAACCCUCGAAAGGCGUCUACGCCUUCCACGCGCUGGUCGGGCACCACGGCAUCUUUUCGCUGACGCCGGU